CUACUGGCAUUGAGCUCUAGCGCCGAGGAAGGAGAGCCGCAGUUCCUGGCGCUCCAGCGCUCCGUACCAAAGCCUUUGGAGUUCGAGCAGGUGAUGAGGUAUGCGUCCGAGGUGGAUAAUGCGGCUGAAGCCCAUCGUCAGGAGCUUGUGGACAUUGCUGGGGCCAG